GGAAUUCCCCUACACAUAACAAACUCGCUUGACAAGAUGCCUGUCACAUGUGUCCAAGAUAGAUAAUAGUCAAGAAUUGGUUUUGGUAUGGCUGAGAGUAACCAACUACUCACGGAGAUAUCAAUUCCUCUGCUGGGAGCUGUAGUGAGCAUUUUGACGGUAGCAUUUGCCAUCUGCCUCUGUGCAGCUAGUGGAUGCUGUCCAAUAAGUACAAGACGCUGCAGAGAGAAUAGAAGGAGAAACCUCUUGCUAAGACCGUGUAGAACGGCUCGUUACUCCAAUGCUUCAAAGUGCUGUGCUAAUGAGACGUGUCCAAUUUGCUUGGAUGAUUUCAGAGAAAGUGAAAAGAUGGUCGUCAGUCCUUGUAGACAUGGUUUCCAUAAAGAUUGCAUUGCCCACUGCUUGGAGCGCUCUCCCAACUGUCCUGUGUGUAAGAACAUCAUCGGUAGUGAAAGACAAGCAAACGAAAGAACUGAAUUGCUAUAGUUUUUGUGUCACUUGAUACACAGUCAUGUACCACUGGUCUGCGUAUCUUUGUAUCCCCUCUCAACUCAUAUCAUUAUGGGUAAUUUAUUUUGUGUUUUUAAUUCUGAAAUUGCUAUCAUCUCUGCUAUCAUCAUCAUGUAUGUCUAGCUUUCUCUAACGACGACCUUUCCCCUAA